GUAAGAAAAGAGACUUUAGCGCUGUGAGAAUGUCCGAUUUCGAGGAGGAAGUUGACCUGCUGGAGGAGGAGUUCAGUCGGGCCACCAAGUUCAUCGAGCGUGGCCACGACCAGUUCGAGCAAAAGGAGCUGUUGAAGUUCUACGCGUUCUAUAAGCAGGCAACGUCCGGCAAGUGUGACGUUCCGAAGCCGGGGAUCUUCAACAUGGCUGGCCGCGCCAAGUGGACCGCCUGGAACGAGCUGGGUGACCUCUCGAAGCCCCAGGCCAUGCAGGGUUACGUCCAACAUCUGACCCAGCUCAAACCAUCCUGGGACCAGUCCUCGGAAGACGAUUCCGAAUACAAGCCUCAAAAGGGUUCCUGGGUGUCCGUUUCCACCUUCGCCCACGAAGAAGACACGGCCGCGGACAAAACCCUGGUAGAUUUCAUCAAGGAAGGCAACCUCCCACAGCUCGAGCAGGCCCUCGCAAAUCCGGAAGUGCCGGGGCUCAUCAAUGAACUCGACGACGAUGGUCUCGGCCUGAUCCACUGGGCUGCCGAUCGGGGCAACGAGCACGUGCUCAAGCUUAUUUUGGCCGUGCCCGGCCGAGAUCUGGACCUGAGGGACUCGGGCGGUCAGACGGCGCUGCAUUACGCGUCCAGCUGUGGCAAUCGGGACUGCGUUCGGGUGCUGGUUGAGGCCGGGGCGGACAAGAGUGCGAAAGAUGACGAGGGGGAAAGUGUCGAGGAGGUGGCGUUUGAUGCGGCAAUAAAGGAGUUGCUGAACUAUCUUCCUCCUCCUCACCAUCGCUCUAACGGCGCCAGCCUUCGCCGACCAGAGAUGUACCUACCUGCGGUGCAGAACCGAGUUCCGGAAGACCGGGGCGUACUGCGCUCACGGGGACUUUGCCCACUACUGCAUGUGCAGAAGCGGCAUCGAUGAGGCGCUCCUGAUGCAGUGUCCGUACGGGCAGAUAUUCAACGAAUUUCUCAACAAAUGCGGCCAAAACAGCGAGCGCAACCAA